AUGGUUGACUGGGAGAUACACAACAAACUUAGCUUACUUGCACUUUACCUCAAAAAUCUCCCAGACACAAUACCCUUGGUGCAUGCUUCGGCUACACAGUAUGGCUUUGACUUCUAUGCUGCCGAUGAUGAAGAUAUCUUGGACAUGGGCGAGAUUGGCGCUCUGAAUCGGGCAUUCGAAAUUCGACUGGGUCAGCGCAAUAAUGGGCCAAUCAUCUUCAAGGAGCGAGGUGUUGGUCUCGAAGGUGUUGUUGACGUGCUGAAGUCAUACUUCGAGAAGCACGAGCAUUCGAAUGAGGUCGCAUUACUUCACAAAUGGCUGGAUGAUCUCAUUACAGCCGCAGAGCAUGCAUACGCAUCUGCAAAGGUCCCGGUAAGUACUAAUCACAAAAUAGGAGUAAAAUUAAACUUAUACCCAUGA